UCAAGAGGCACGGCGGGCAGUGUGGCGCCGGCCGUCGUGGAGAGAGGUGUUGCUCACCGCCCACCACAGGCCAAGAUAGUCAAGAGGCGCGGCGGGCAGUGUGGCGCGGGCCGUCGUGGGGAGAGGUGCUGCUCACCGCCCGCCUCACUGGUGUUAUUAAUUAGUCACCUGGACAGUGCUGUAGAUCAGGUUACCUGCGCCAGGCUUACAGAUAUGUACGAGAGUGCAUCAGUACAACGGCACUGCAGGAAUGGUCAACCAGACCCAAGAAAUUGGUCUCGUACAGCGGCACUGCAGGUAUGGAGGGAUUAAAGUUACUUGGAAAAGCUUCUCUCGAAUCAAUCGCAGUGGUUAUAAUGUAGUGUAUAUAUUCCCACAAGUACAAUAUGUGAAGGGUUUAAUUUUAAUCAUUUAACUCACUAUACCAUGAAGCAGUGAUCUUCUAA